AAAAUCGUUAUAGAUAGAAAGUUAUUUAACGUUUGGUGGUUCAUAAGUUCAUUGAACUUUGAUGUGAUGGCCACCCCGUUAAUGGUCGUUGCUAUUGAUUUUGGGACAACAUACUCUGGAUACGCUUUUUCGACCAGAUCCGACUUCUUCCGAGAGCCUCUGAAAAUCCACGCCAAUCAAGCUUGGAACUCUGGGAAAAAACAACUUCUUUCUUUGAAAACUCCAACGUGUCUUUUAUUGGGAAAGAACAAAGAAACUGUGGCAUUUGGAUACGAAGCAGAAGAUGCGUACGCAGAACUUGUCCUUGACAACAAGCAUAAAAAUUAUUACUACUUUGACAAGUUUAAAAUGAGGCUUUAUGAAAACAAGGAUGUGAAUUGUGAGAUGGAAAUUGCUGAUAUUGUUGGCAAGAAAAUGUUGGCCACAGAAGUUUUCGGGAAAUCUAUAAAAGCUCUUUCUGACCAUUUUGUUGACUUGCUAAAAACUGAAGGAGUUUCUAUAGAAUGGUCAGAAAUCCAAUGGGUUCUCACUGUCCCUGCAAUCUGGUCAGAUAAAGCAAAACAAUUUAUGAGAACGAGUGCUGAAGUGGCAGACAUAAAAGGUGGUAACUUACUUAUUGCUCUUGAGCCAGAAGCUGCCUCUAUCUACUGCCAGUAUUUACCAAAAGAGAAACUGACAGGAAAAGACAACUCUGUAAAUCUCGGUGAUGAUGGGGUGAUAUACAUGAUAGUUGAUCUCGGAGGUGGCACUGCGGAUUUAACGGUUCACGAAAAACACAGAGACGGAAGUAUAAAGGAACUAUGUCGUGCAAAUGGAGAAGACUGCGGUGGUACUUCUGUUGAUGCCGCUUUCAUCAGGCUGUUUGACAAAAUCGCAGGGUUUGCAAUGAUCAACAAGCUUAAAAAGGACGAUCCGUCAUCAUAUUUGGAUCUUACCCGAGAAUUUGAAACAGUAAAACGCAAAAUCGACUCUUCUUCCACUGGGAAAGUAAACUUUUGUAUACCGCUCUCUACCAUAAACUCAAUUUGUAAAAAGCAGAAGAGAUGCGAGUUAGAAGAACUUAUCCAGAAGUCCUCGUUCAAAAACAAAAUUCUCAUCAGAGGAGACAAAAUAAGAAUUGAUGCCGACCUAAUAAAAUCCUUGUUUGCAAAACCAAUUGAAAAAAUCACAGCUUUAGUGAAAGAGAUGAACACGCAAUUGAAGGCGACUGACAUACCUUUGAUUGUAAUGGUCGGGGGGUUUUCCGAAUGCAAGCUUAUUCAGAGCGCAUUGAAACAAGCAUUUCCAAAGAAAAGAGUUAUUGUUCCUGAAGAUGCUGGAAUAUCGGUGCUGAAAGGAGCUGUUUUGUAUGGGCAUCACCCAGAGUUCAUAGCGAGUCGUGUCAUCCGGUAUUCUUACGGAACAGAUUCAUACGUAGAUUUUGAUCCCUUCGUUCAUGACGCAUCUCGGAAAGAAAUUAUGCAAGGGAAAGAAAAAUGUGAAGUUUUUGACUUUAUCAUACAUCAACAUACACAGGCAGUGAUAGGUUCUGAAAUUCAGAGAUCAUACUUCACUAUGUAUCCAUUUCAAACUGCAAUGCCGAUAACACUAUACGUAAGCACCAACGAAAACCCAAAAUACGUAGACGAGGAGGGGUGCUCCAAAUUCGGCGAAGUCGUUGUAGAUAUACCACAUCCUUCUGAAGAAAACCGCACAGUGAUAGUCAAUUAUAAUUUUGGCAAGACGGAAUUAACCGUGUCUGCCCGAGAGGUAAAAUUUGGAUCAUCAUGCAGAACACGUAUUAAACUUUUGUGAAAAUGGAUAAAAUAAUAAACUGUCAAUUAAUUUUCAAAAAUCGAAUUUGAUAUCCUCUAAUCAGUUGUAUUGCUAUCCAAAAUAUAAAAAAAAUGUGCUUAGAGGAUAUGAUUUGUCUAAAAAAUGAAAUUAUAAGGGAAGAGAGCGGUCUUGCAAAUUUAUGGAAAUCAAAAUUUAAAUGCAGUAACCAAAUGACUUAAAAACUAACUAUUUUUCAACAGUAAGUUUAAUGAAAUAUCGGUGAUUAAUAGAACUAUAUAACCCGGAUAUAUUUUAAAGAUUUUUGUACACAGGAACAAUGAGUCUUUGAU